AACCGAGGCUGCAUCUAACCACCGUUGGAUCUGAAACCCGUCGAUAAACCCCUCUUAUCCUCUCAAAACUUCACCUACUCUUCUCUUUUUCUCUUUUUCCCUUUUUUGCCUCUCCACAAAUUGAGGCACUCAAGAAAAAAUCCUCUCUUUUUCGCUACCUUAACCAUACCUUUUUUCAUUUCACUAUCUUCUUCAUCAUCGACGUAGACUGGUUUUGUUGUGGUUUAUUUGUGAUGGAAAACGGCGAGGAAGUACUUGGCGAAGCCCGGACAGGGGAGAGGAAUGGUGUGGUAGAUGAGAUUGUUGAAGUGCAGCCGGAGGAUAAAGCAGCUGUGGGGUUACAUGUAUCCAAGGAAUCGGAAGGGGAUGAUGUAUUUGAGGAGGCAAUAGAGCCAGAGACUCCUGGUGUUGAUGUUGAAGAUGGAGUUCUUAAUUGUUCUCUUGAGGACAAUGGGAACUCUGAGUCAAGGGAUGAUGCUGAGAACUUUGAGGAAGCAGUUGAAGCUUUGCAUGAGAUACAACAUGCUGAUGAUGAGUCUAAUCAGAAGGCAGAUAAUAACUCGACUCAGGAGCCGUCAGUUGAGAAGCAAAAUUAUCAGGAAAUCGCAGCAACGGAUGAAACAGAAGUGGUUGAGCAGAAUAUCAUAGUAGAGAAGGGUAAAGAUGACAUUGCUGAGGUUGCAGAUCUGGGUGCUGCUAUAGAAACUGAAACUUCAGCAAAUCAGGAUGAAAGGAAAGAUAAGUCAAGUGAACCAGCUGAAUUUGAGGAGGGAGUUUCCAAUCAUGUGAACUUGGGAGAAACUCAAAGUCAUGAUGAUGCGAAAGAAACAAAUUCUGAUCUACAGGAUCAAGAGGUUCAUGGAAAAUUGGACACUCAGGAUGUUAAUGAGGCGAAAGGGGAUAAUAAUGUUCUGCAGAACGAGGUUCCUUAUUACAAAGAUGCUUUGCUGCAUGAGGAAAAGAAUGCUGAUGUGAUUGAAACAUCUGCUGUUCAGCGAGCUGGGCAUCAGGACACCGAUGAAGUCCAAAACAAUGUCACAGUUAGUUCUGGCUCUGUGCUGAAAGAUGAUAAAUAUACUGAUGUUAAGGAUGAAGAGCAGAAAAAUAUUUCCCCUAAUGAUGCUUCCGCAAAUGGUCACCUCGGAGAAAGCUUGAACCCAAGUGAUGAACUCAAAGGAGAAGCAGGGCCUAGUCCAGAACGAACGAAUGGUUAUAAUAUGAAUGAAGAGCAGAUAGAUGUAGAAAAAACAAUGCCUAGUCCAGAACCAGUUAAUGGUAGUAAUAAGGAUGAGGAGCAGAUAGAUGGAGUAAAAGCAGUGGAUUGUCCAGAACCAGUUAACGGAAGUAAUAAGGAUGAAGAGCAGCUGAAAGAUGGAGUAAAAGCAGUGUGUAGUCCAGAACCAAUUAAAGGAAGUAAUAAGGAUGAAGAGCAGCAGAUAGAUGAAGUAAAAGCAGUGCAUAGUACAGUACCAGUUAACGGUAGUAAUAAGGAUGAAGAGCAACAGUUAGAUGGAGAAAAAGCAGUGUGUAGUCCAGAACCAGUUAACAGUAGUAAUAGGGAUGAACAGCAGAUAGAUGGUCCAGGCGACGACGCUGUUUCUACUCUACAAGGAGGAACCUCCCCCUUAAAGACAGAAGUGACAGAAAAAGAAUCAACUGGUCCAGAACCAAUAGCCCCGGAGUACAUGGUGGAACAGAAAGACAUUCUGAGCGGUGAUGCUACUGAUCAUCAAGGACUGAAAUCAAACGAGUUGCCUACUGUGGGACCAGGAAAUUUGUAUGACAGGACCAAUGAGCAGAAAAAUGUUUCUGUUUCUGGCACUUCAGCUUCUGAGAACCAUACUGAAACUACUGCAGAUGAUGAAAUAUCUAAAUCUUCAGAAGCGUUACCGUCUGACAAUCAUGAGAAAGUUGUAAUGAAGGAAUCGGUGAAAUCAGUUGUCGUAGAGGACCUAAAACAAAGUGUGCCUAGGGUUACACAGCCAGAAGCCAAAUCUGCAACGGAAUACCCGUCAUCUUCUAGUGCAUCUGCAACUCGGGUGUCGGCACCUGCUCGACCUGCCGGCCUCGGUCGUGCUGCCCCGCUGUUGGAACCUGCUCCCCGAGUGGUUCAGCAGCCUCGUGUAAAUGGAACAGCAUCUCCUGCACAAAACCAGAUUGUUGAAGAAUCCACAAAUGGAGAGGCUGAUGAAUAUGAUGAGACACGUGAGAAGCUCCAGAUGAUAAGAGUCAAGUUUCUGCGUCUAGCUCACAGGAAUGGGCAGACUCCACAUAAUGUGGUUGUUGCCCAAGUCUUGUAUAGAUUGGGAUUGGCUGAACAGCUGCGGGGAAGAAGUGGAGGUCGUGUUGGUGCUUUUAGUUUUGAUCGUGCAAGUGCUAUGGCUGAGCAACUUGAGGCAGCUGGACAAGAACCCCUGGACUUCUCUUGCACAAUAAUGGUUCUUGGAAAAACAGGUGUCGGUAAAAGUGCAACCAUAAAUUCGAUAUUUGACGAAGUUAAGUUUGGCACUGAUGCUUUCCAGAUAGGGACAAAAAAGGUUCAGGAUGUUGUUGGGACUGUGCAGGGAAUCAAGGUUCGGGUAAUUGACACUCCUGGGCUCCUGCCUUCCUGGUCAGACCAGCGCCAGAAUGAGAAGAUCCUUCAUUCUGUCAAACGAUUUAUUAAGAAGACGCCCCCAGAUAUUGUUCUGUAUCUUGACAGGUUGGAUAUGCAGAGCAGAGAUAAUGGUGAUAUGCCAUUAUUGAGGACAAUUACUGAUAUUUUUGGACCAUCAAUAUGGUUUAAUGCCAUAGUAGUUCUGACGCAUGCUGCAUCAGCUCCACCUGAAGGCCCUAAUGGUACUGUAACAAGCUAUGACAUGUUUGUAACUCAGCGGUCUCAUGUUGUCCAGCAAGCAAUACGUCAGGCUGCUGGAGAUAUGCGCCUUAUGAAUCCUGUUUCGCUAGUUGAAAAUCAUUCAGCAUGCAGGACUAACAGGGCUGGACAGAGGGUGUUGCCUAAUGGACAGGUUUGGAGGCCUCACUUGUUACUUCUAUCAUUUGCAUCAAAAAUUUUGGCUGAAGCAAACACGUUGCUUAAAUUACAAGAUAGUAGCCCACCAGGACAGCCUUAUGCCGCUAGAACAAGAUCCCCUCCUUUACCUUUCCUGCUGUCAUCCCUUCUACAGUCAAGGCCACAGGUUAAACUACCAGCAGAGCAAUUUGAUGAUGAUGAUGAUGCUUUAUAUGAUGAUCUGGAUGAGUCUUCAGAGUCGGAAGAUGAAUCAGAAUAUGAUCAACUGCCACCUUUCAAACGCUUGACCAAAGCUCAGCUGGCAAAGUUGUCCAAAGAGCAAAAGAAGGCAUAUAAUGAUGAGUUAGAAUACAGGGAAAAGCUUUUUAUGAAAAAGCAGUUGAAGGAGGAGAGGAAGAGGCGGAAGAUGAUGAAGAAAAUGCAAGCUGCAGCUGAAAAUUUACCACCAACUGAUCCCAGCGAGAAUGCAGAUGAGGAGACUGGUGGUGCAGCAUCAGUGCCAGUACCCAUGCCAGACUUGGCAUUACCUGCUUCAUUUGAUUCUGAUAAUCCAACUCAUAGAUAUCGAUAUCUCGAUUCUUCAAAUCAGUGGCUUGUGAGGCCUGUCCUAGAACCUAAUGGUUGGGACCAUGAUGUUGGUUAUGAGGGCAUCAAUGUAGAAAGAUUAUUUGUUGUCAAAGAUAAGAUCCCUAUAUCUUUGUCCAGUCAGGUUUCAAAGGAUAAAAAGGACACCAAUCUUCAAAUGGAACUUGCAAGUUCAGUGAAGCAUGGGAAUGGAAAAGCAACUUCUUUAGGUUUUGAUAUGCAGUCAGUUGGUAAAGACCUAGCUUAUACUCUUCGCAGUGAGACCAGAUUCUGCAAUUAUAGGAAGAAUAAGGCGACAGCUGGUCUUUCAGUAACUCUCUUAGGUGAUGUUAUGACAGGUGGGGUGAAAGUCGAGGACAAAUUGACUUUUAAUCGACGGGGAUCGUUGGUCGUGUCUGGGGGAGCCAUGUUUGGCCGUGGUGAUGUUGCUUAUGGUGGUAGUUUGGAAGCGACGCUGCGAGACAAAGAUUAUCCUCUUGGUCGUUUCCUCUCAACCUUGGGGCUCUCGGUUAUGGACUGGCAUGGAGAUCUUGCUAUCGGAUGCAACUCACAAACCCAGAUACCCAUUGGACGAUACACAAACUUGAUUGGCCGUGUCAACAUUAACAAUAAGGGAUCUGGACAAGUCAGUAUUCGUUUGAACAGCUCAGAACAGCUUCAGAUCGCUUUGAUAAGCUUAAUUCCACUUGUCAGAAAGCUGAUUAGCUACUCUCAACCAGCUCAAUUUGGAUGAUGAUGAAACUACAGCAAUUCAGUAACUUACCAAUCACUUCUAUAGUGGGCAUUAGCUGAUCGGCAUCACAGAACAUGAACUUUUAUUUUCUUGUGAAGAAAGGAAGGACUUGCAUUAUUUGGCUUCACGAGGGAAAAUGUUUUCCAGAUUAUCCAAAGGCAUUUCAUUGUAACCUAAGAAGAGUUUAGCUUACGCUCGUCUUGAAAUUCCAGUUUUGUUUAUUAUAAUGAUGCUGAGAUUGGCUGUGCUUGUAAACUUGAUCAGGUUAUCCUCCUAGACUGGAACUUUUAAGUAUUGUUUAGUUAGGUUUUAAAGUAAUGAUGAUGAAAAAUGGGUUAACGGAAUAGCAAGUAGAGUUGGCUUUUUUAUAAAAUAAGGCUAUUAUGACGCUGCAA